CGUGGACACACACCUGGCCGUAAGUGUGUGUGUGUGUGUGUGUGUGGCCUCUGUCAGAUUUCUAUGACAGCGAGAGGUCUAACUGGAAGUCUUCAGGCCAGAAGUCUGACCGCUGGAUCAUCAUGAGACUGUGAGAAGCAUGAUUAUUGAGGAGUUUGCUGCGGUUUAUUUAUAGGCUCUGCAUCACAAUGCUGCAAAUGAAGCCCUUCAGAGAGAGAGAUGCAUGUGACAAGUGAGGAUGGACUACAGCGGUCCAGUGAGGUCUAUAUUCAAUCAGACGUGAGUUUUACCCUCAACUGCACACGGAUCCACGGAGCACACUGCGCAGCAACAUCUCUCGCUGCAAGAGGAGGUUUAACAUGGUCAAAGAGAGACUGGAAGAAAGAAGCAGCAGCAGUGACAUCAAGAAAUAAGGAUGCUCUCUUACAGAUGUAGUGUGUGGGUGUGAAGCUGUCUGUCGCACAUCAGCUGGUUUCUGUCACCGGUUUUCAACUAUUGAGCAGCGAGAAAAAGCGUGGCGUUCGGUUGUAAUGUCAGAGCAGGAGUUUGUAUUUUGCAGGAUAUUCUCACACGGUAAGAAGAGAUUUGGAUUGUGGGAAAGUGUGUAGAAACUCUCCUGCACUAAUAAACACAUAUCGACCUCAAGGAUUUAUCUAUAACACAGUCUGAACUCAUCAGCCAUGGCUGUAAGGCCCACCCUCAUCGUCAUUCUCUUUCUGAUUGGCUGCUGCGCUCUUGAGGACCCGGCCAAGGUUUUGGCCCCGCCCCCUCCUCAUGGGUGUGGCGCUACAGUGGACCCGCCCUACAGAGUUUUGUGCGAUCUGGAGUCUGUGUGGGGCGUGGUGCUGGAGGCCAUAGCAUGCGGCGGGACUGUAUCCGCUCUGAUCCUGGCCAUAGUUCUUUUAGCCAAGCUGAAAACCAUAACGGAACCAGAGAAGCGCUGUGGUGUCGGUCCUCUCCUCCUCCUAUUGGCUGGAACCAUGGGUCUCUUCAGCCUAUCGCUGGUCUUCUUGGUGGGGCGUGGCGAGGUGCUCUGCAUGGUACGCCGUGGGCUGUGGGGGGCGCUGUUUGCGAUGUGUUUCUCUUGUCUGCUGGUGCAGGGAGUGCGGCUGAAGAAGCUGGCCGGAGGGAGGCGGAGCCCAGCGGGCAGCUCUCUCGCCGGAUUGGCUUUUGCUCUUACUGUGGUUCAAGGCAUCAUUGCUGGAGAGUGGCUUCUGCUUACGGUGGUCCGCGAGGGACAUGCAGCCUGUGAUUACCUGCCUCUAGACUUUGUGCUGGUGUGUAGCUAUGCUCUAGCGUUGUUGCUAGCUGCUAGCAUGUUGUCGUUGGCUGUGGUGUUGUGCGGAGGGAGCAACAGAGAGGAGUCGAGCAGGAGGAGUAUGAAGUGGAGGUGCAACGCUGUCUGGCUUUUCCUCUCAUGUCUGUCUUCGCUUCUCCUCUGGGUCGCCUGGCUCGGUUUCUAUCUGUACGGAGAUGCCACCAUCACGACCGUAGCGAAGGAUUGGGAUGAGCCGGCAUUAGCAGUCGCCUUGGUGACCGAGGGUUGGGUGCUGCUGUUAUUUCAUGCUAUCCCAGAAACGCACCUGUGCUUGCGUCCGUCCAGUCAGAGGAACACAGACACCGGCCAGAACUACUACGACACUCCUCAGCCGCCAACGGCACAAAGUUACCAUGAUGACGAGCGGCCGACCAAUCCCAGAGCUCCGUUCGUAGAAAGCCAGGCGUACACCGUAGAAGAGCACAGUGCGGUUCUGCAGACUGGAGGUUAUCAUAACGGAUUGAUACGUCCCGAUGUGCCGUACCGCAGUCACGUUUACCAGCCCACCGAGAUGGCCCUGCUCAUGAACGCCGGACCAAUCCCAUCUGCCCCUCCAAACUUCACUGGGAGGCAUCUGUGGUGAGAGCGGUUAGAAUGGCAAUAAUGUCCCCUCGGGCCCCCCAAAAGGAUUGAGUUCGGGUGACUUCACAGGGUCAAAAGGCACUUUAUUAAGGUUCCAUGUUCAUCAUUUAGAAAUGCUCCUCUAAUAAAAGAGCUGACUGAAUUUAAUGGACAUUUUCAACAUGGGAGCAAGCUCAUUUUGCACAUGUUCUCUAUUAAGCACUUAAUACAAAACAAAGGACAUGCUACAUAUUCGAUAUCACUCAGGUGAUGUCUGUUUAGAUUAAAUAAAUCAGUUAAAUCAUACUGAUGAGGACCUGUAAGGAUUUACAUAAACAGAGAUGUGUGAAAGAGAAAGGAGAGGGAGUGUAAAAAUCAACAUGAAAAGCUGGUAACAGACCAGUUUACUUACAUAAUGUGACGCGUUUCUGAGUGAGAGAGAAUAGAUGUCAUUCUUUCACUUAUUCAGUGUGAACUGAUUGACUGGAGGGGAAAACAGGCAUUUGUGAUGUCUGCCGAAACUAAAAAGCAUAUUAUUUCAGUGGCCAAUUUCAAAAGAAACACGCACAUAUCAAUUAUUCAAAAUGUAACCAGAAAUGUGUAUUGAGAAAGGGUCAGUUAUUUUUAUGAUGAGAUUGUGAGAGAGAGGUUAUUUCAUUAAAUGUCUAGCCUUAGAAAGUCUUCUGCCUGCAUUCCACUUCAGAUAUAUAAUCAAAAUCUAUAACUUUGAAAUGUAUUAAACUGUAUUUCAGUUAUUUUAAUGUUUUGUAUCAAGUUGUUCAGUUACCAUCUUCUUUUUAAGCUCUUUUAAAUUCGACCUGUGAGCCUAGUUUAGUUUUGAUAUCACGUUUGAUGUUUUUUCCAGACUCUGCACGCUUGAUUGUCAGUCUUUAUUAUGCAGUUGAUGGUAUUAUCUUUAAAUGUGAUGCCGUGUUUGAUAUUGAAAGGCAAUACAGUGUGAAAAGCAUACUACCAACUAUAAUUGAUGUCUAUAUUUGAAACAAAUUCCAUUAAACAUUCCUACCGUG